GGAGUUAUGCGCAUGCGCGGCAGUCCGGAAGCCGAGCCGCGGAGGCGGGGGGGUGGUGGGGGGGGUUGCGUUAGCAUGGCGGAGGCGAGGCCCCGCGCAGGUGCAUUGAAUUUUAAUCCUGAUGCUGCUGAUUCCAUUCCAGGAGAAAGACAACCUACAGAUACAAACUGGGUAAAUAAAGAUAGGAAAGACUCUAACAGUAAGCAUAAUAAAAGUAAUUUACCAUUUCCUGGUCUGUGUUCUGAAAGAGGUACAGAAUAUGAAAGCUUUUCCACAAAGCGUCGUGGCAUUUGUAAUCCAGAAAGUCUGCAUGGGAAUUCUGAAGACUUUAACGAAUAUUUUGGUACCAAUAAAAGUCUGAAGAAUCGCAACUUGCAAAGCCAGAGGUGGCAUAGAUCAAGAAAUGAUAGCACAUGUACUAGAAGUAAGAUAAGGCAAAGUCCUGCUGAUGCUGCUUCAGGCCCAGGAAAUUCAGAUGCUGCAAUAGUACCUGGGAGAAGAGCAAUUCCUAGAGUAUACAAUGACUUUCUCUCCUCAGAGAGUGAUAGGGAGGUACCUAAUGCAGAUAGCAGAGGAGCAAAGCCAAAGAAAACACAUACGAUGCAUGCAUCUGAAAGAAGUUUCAGGGAGAAGUCAAAGCAAGUACAUGAACAUGAAAAGAGAGUGAGCUCUAAACAGAAAGCAGACCUGUUUGAAAACGUUCCAUCUUUCGAUUUGAUUCAGUCUGACUCUUCAGAAUCAUCUGUUGGAAAGGCAUUCUGUAUUGCACCUGUUGGUAGUGGGGAUGACCAGAAAGGAUGUAAUUAUGUAAACAAAAGAUAUCCUCGUAAGCCUGUGUGGAAUAAGCCCCUGGUGGAAAAGGAGUGUCAGAAAAGACAUGAAUCUCACCGUAAUAAAAAUGCAAAAUUAGGUAAGAAGUAUUCUCUUGCAUGUACUCCAAAAAAUAAAAAUGAGAGGAAGAAAGAACUCUCCGUUCACAAAAAUGAUGAAAACUUGACCAGUGACACCAGACAUCAGUUGUCUGAUUCUGUCAGAUGUAAUGGAAGAAAGUUCCUGCUAAAGGGAGAUCAGGCACCUGCACUUCAUUUCAGCUGGACCCAGUACUGGAAAAAGCAAAGUGAUGUACCAAAAAACAAAGAAACUCAUACAGGGUCACUGAUUGAACAAUUGACCACAGAAAAGUAUGAGUGCAUGGUGUGCUGUGAGGUGGUCCGAAUAGUUGCCCCAGUGUGGAGCUGUCAGAAUUGUUACCAUGUGUUCCAUCUGAAUUGCAUCAAGAAGUGGGCACGAUCACCAGCUUCACAAGCUGAAGAUGGCAAUAGUGGUUGGAGAUGUCCAGCUUGUCAGAAUGCUUCUACGCAAAUUCCUAAAUCUUACACUUGUUUCUGUGGUAAAGUACAGAAUCCUGAAUGGAACAGAAAUGAAAUCCCACAUAGCUGUGGGGAACUUUGUGGAAAGAAGAGACAGUGUUUGGACUGUCCACAUCUUUGUAAUAUCCUGUGCCACCCAGGACCUUGCCCUUCAUGCCCAGCCUUUGUGACAAAAACAUGCGAAUGUGGACAAACAAGUCAUUCAGUGCGCUGUGGCCAGUCAACAAAAAUUCAUUGUUCUAAUGUAUGUGGGAAUACUUUAAACUGUGGUAAGCACAGCUGUACUCAAGUGUGCCAUGCAGGAAAAUGUUCCCCUUGCCAGUUAACAGUACAGCAAGUGUGUUACUGUGGAAGCAGCAUUAAAGAAGUAUUGUGUGGGACACAAGAAGAAUUCUUUGAUGGAUUUGGGAAUUUCUCAUGUCAGAAUAUAUGUGGCAAAAAAUUAAAUUGUGGGAGGCACAACUGUAUGCAAGUAUGCCAUCCUCAGCCUUGCCAGCUCUGUCCACGACUUCCGCAAGUAGUGUAUCGCUGUCCCUGUGGACAGACUCCUCUCAGCAAGUUACUGGAACUGGGAUGUGUUGAACGUAAAGUAUGCACAGACCCUAUCCCAUCGUGUGGAAAAACGUGUGGCAAACCUCUUUCUUGUGGUAGCUAUGAGUUCAUUCAUACAUGUGAAAGCCUUUGCCACGAAGGAGACUGUAGACCAUGUUCUCACACAUCAAAUGUUUAUUGUAGGUGUGGCUUUAAAAAAAAGGAAGUCCCAUGUGCUCUCCUUAGAAAUAAAGCUGCUAUUACAUUCAUGUGUGACAAGCGAUGCAACAAAAAAAGAUCAUGUGGACGACACAAGUGUAAUGAAGUUUGCUGUGUGGACACUGAACACAAGUGUUCUUUGGUUUGUGGUCGGAAGCUGAACUGUGGACUGCAUAGAUGUGAGGAACCUUGUCAUCGGGGCAGUUGUCAAACGUGCUGGCAAACAAGUUUUGAUGAGUUAACUUGUUACUGUGGUGAGUCUGUAAUUUACCCUCCUGUACCCUGUGGCACUCAACCACCAGAGUGUAAAAAAACAUGCACCAGGCCACAUGACUGUGAUCAUCCAGUGUACCAUUCGUGUCAUAGUGAGGAAAAAUGUCCACCCUGUACCUAUCUCACUCAGAAAUGGUGUAUGGGGAAGCAUGAGCUGCGAAGUAAUAUUCCUUGUCAUCUCACUGACAUUUCCUGUGGACUUCGCUGCAAUCAAAUGUUAAAGUGCAGAAUGCACAAAUGUAAAAGAAUCUGUCAUAAAGGAGAAUGUCUUAUAGAUGAAGAGUGUAAACAGCCAUGUACUACUCCAAGGCUGUAUUGUAAUCAUCCCUGUAUGGCUCCGUGUCAUCCUUCUUCACCCUGCCCAACAACAUCCUGCAGUGCAAAGGUUGAUCUUCAAUGUGAAUGCGGAAGAAGAAAGGAGAGUAUGAUUUGCUCAGAGGCAUCUAAUACAUAUCAAAGAAUAGCUGCUAUAUCUAUAGCCACUAAAUUAACAGAUCUGCAGCUUGGAGAUUCAGUGGAGAUCAGUAGGCUUAUUACUAAAAAAGAAAUGAAGCAGGCCAGGUUGCAAUGUGAUGAAGAAUGCUUAGCUCUUCAGAGGAAUAGGCGUCUUGCUGAGGCUCUUGAAAUAGAUGAUACUUCUGAUCCUUUUGGCAUCCGUUCUUCUGGACCUAAAUACAGUGACCUUUUAAAAGAAGAUGCAAGGAAGGAUUUAAAAUUUGUCAGUGACAUUGAGAAGGAAAUGAGAAUGCUUGUUGAAGCUGUGAAUAAGGGCAAGCAUACAAAGAAGAGCCAUUGUUACCCACCAAUGAACAGAGAUCACCGCAGAAUCAUCCAUGAAUUAGCUCAGGUUUAUGGCAUUGAAAGUGUGAGCUAUGACAACGAACCAAAGCGUAAUGUUGUUAUCACUGCAGUGAAAGGGAAAUCCAUUUGUCCAAGCAAUACCUUAACUUCUGUGCUAGAUAAAGAAAUGCAGAGCAGGCCUCCACCUCCUAUUCCUCAUUACAAACAAACAGAUAAGGGUAGUGGAAGCAGUGGUUUAUCCAAACCAUUAAAAGAAGAGGCGAUAAUUGACUACUUUGAUGUCCAGGACUGAAGUAAUUGAUACAGAAUAUCGAAGCUUGGAGGUGAAGAUACUAAGUUACUGUUUGAGGAGCUUUUUGGUUAUCUGCAAAGGAUCAGUUGUUCAGCAUAUUAAUGAUUUAACAUCUAAAGUUAGGUUGAUUGUGACACUUGGAAAAGUUAUGCAUUUUUACAGUUUAUGUAACUGCAUAAUACCUAACAAUAGAGUAGCUUACGAAACCUGGGCUUGGUGCAACUUUUUAUCUAAUGUGUUGUCAGGAUGAUGUAGAUUUACAUUGAUGCUUUUAAAGUGAGAGAACUGUUAAUCAAAUAUAUACUGGGGGUAGUAAGAACACUUAGAAUCUCAGAGAUUUAUUUAGACAUAUCUCACACACAACUUGAUAUGGACCAGAAAUAAUCUGUGUUGCAAUCACUGGCUGGAAUAUUCUUGUUUUCAAAUUUUUUUUUAAUUCACUUUCAUAAUAAUGUGCUAAAUUUGGGAAUUUGACUUACUCUUCUACACGGAAGGAAAUAAAAAAUUUAGUCUAAAUAUUAAUAUGUACACCAAGUGCUCAUUAGAUCACAGACUUCCUUUGGAAUCUGAAUAAUUUGCUUUAUAUCAAAUUUGGUAUGUAAAAAGAACAACCACCAGCCCCCCCUUCCCUCCCCAAAUCUCACAACAAAAUCCAAACCAAAGCAAACAAACCACCUCCAAAAACCCCAACGAUUUUAUUAAUAAUUUGUUAUUCAAGACCAUGGAAAAAGCAGAUUUUAAAUACAAUUUUUGUGGUUUAUUUGGUUUAAUUUGUAUUUAAAUAUGUUAGCUUGAUAAUCUUUGGGGGGGGUUGCAUGGUUUUAUUGGGAAUUUAUAAUCUUUUUCUGUACUGUGCAAGCUUAAAGUGAACACGUGCAGUUUGGUUUCAGUAUAUUAGGAAUUUGGAACAAUAUUUGUAAAUUUUCUAAGACCGUCUGUCUAAACUUUUGUUUUGUGGGAAAUGCCAUGAAUGAAAUGGGAUGAUCACUUAAACAGUGAAAGACACCAAAGUGGUGUCAUAGACAGUGAAUUGUUUCCAGAUGAUACGGUAGAUGAGUAGCUCUCUGAGAGAAGAGAUUGUAGAUCUGAUGGGAUGAGGUGACACCACUGAGUUUGAGUAGUAUCUGUUCACUUGUGGAUAAGCUUCUUUAAAUGAGUAACUUUAUUAAGGCUGACACUGAUGCACCUCUGUUUCUUGUUUCCUGUGGCUGGCUACAUGUAGCAGUAGAGUUGAGUCCCCUGUACAGCAUUGGAGGCUGCUGCUAGAUGGAGCUUAGCAUAAUGAAGAAAUAGACCUAGCAGAAGACUUGACAUCUGCUGUUGAUUUCUUCUUCAGUCUGGUCACUACGGUGUAGUAUGAGAUUUAUUGCCAAGAAAAUGGAAAGCAGUUAAGCAUGCUUAUAUUCGCCACCCCGAGCCUUAGUUGUGGAGCAUUCUGUGGCUACAUUUCAUCUUGAACAGCUUAUGAAACAUGAAAGAAUUAGCAGUAAGCUUACAGACCAUAUCUGUUCCCAAAAGUGUCUUGAAAAUUAAAAUGCAUGCUGCUAAUGCCUAUUUUUGUGAGAGCUUAUUAUUUCAUAUUAAAAAGUUCAGUCUUACAUAUUUUUAAACAUUUGAAAUGUGUAUGCUUCAGGUAAAACAGUUACCAGAAGGAUUCUCAACUCUCAAGGGUGUUCAGGCUUUUAAUCUGCAUGUAGUGGUUUAAAUUGUUUCUACCUUUGUUGUCUAAAAUUUUGUGAGCAGAAAUUAAAAAUAAAUUAACAUAUUUUGCCCUUAUUUCUUAGGCAAAUUAAUGUUUGAUUCUACAAGGUGUACUGCUAUGUUAAGUUCAGCUGAAGAGACAAGUUGUUCAGUAUCUUUCCAGGAAUCUAUUUCUUCAGUCCCUCCAUUGUCAGGAGUGUAUCUGUUCCAGCUCCUGCAGACAAGUGCCAGCUUCAUGUGGUCAAGGGCUAAUUCUGGUUCUGACACUCAGAGCUGCAUUUAUACAGCACUGUUUUCAAGCUUUUGGGAGAAUGUAUAUGUUUAUACUGCAAAGGUAGGUUCUGGACAGGUAAUGACACACACACACAUGCAGUGAGAGGCACGUACACUGUAUCACAUAGUUGGUAUACUAUAGGUAGACCUAAUAUUGAAGAAAUCCAAAGUGAUUUAGUUGAUAGCAAAUAGAAUAAAGCUGAAGCCUACUAACUUUUCAAACAGUUUCACAUUAAUAUAGCUAAAACUUCACAUUUCUACCUCUGAUUUCUAAUUUAAAAUUUAAAGCAUUCAAUAGCAUUAUAGUUUGCUCAGCUUUUUUUAUUUUUUUAUCAGAUUAUGGCUUUAUCAAAAAUGUGAAUGUUGGUAAGGUGUGUACUUCAACGGUCAAGUAUUCUGCCACUUCUUUUAAAGAGAAAAUUCAAGUAAUCUUCUCAGGAUCAGACUAACGAUAAUUAGUGAAUCUGUUCAUACUGAGAAGUCAUAAUUCUCAUCACUAAAUCUGUUGACUACAUAAAUACUCAAACACUUUUCUGGAUUUGUAUGCUGCACAUAUCUUAAUCAUCUCUAAAUCAUAAUUGUUGGAAGGGAUCUGUAGUUAUGAAGCAAGUCACAGGUACAGAAAAACUUCUUUUGAAAAGCAUUUUAAUUUCUUAAAAACCAUACAUUUACCUGGGAAAGUAAUGCCAAAAAGAAAGUACUGUUGCCUUUCUUCCCAGAACCUUAAGAAUGAACUCAGCAAAAUUUAACAGUAGUGGUCUCCUCUCUGUUCUGGUUUGCUUUUGCUGCAAUGUAUCUGACUUCCAUAUGGAAUAGUACUAAAGGCUGUAGCUUUGGUAUCUGUGAUAAUUCAUCUUCGUAUUGCACAUGUGCCUCAUGGAAAUAUUUUUCAAAUAGCUAUUUUGUAAAUCUGAGCUGGCCUUUACAUUUUUUAUCUAAUGAGUGGAUAAAAUAAAUCUUUGCAUCAGUGAAGUCAGAGGACAAAAUCCCAUUGACAUCACUGGAAUCAAGUCUUAAGCUUUGGUAUGCUAGUCAUUUUCCAUAGCCCUAAUAAUAUUAUUGUUUCUUGUAAAUUUAUUUGAAAAAAAAGUACUCUACAAUAAGCAUCUUUUGAAAUAAAUUGUGUGAUGUCAGUUAGAACUCAUGCAGCUUAAUGAAGUGCUUUAAAAUUUUUGUAUAAAAUAGGCAGAUACGUCAGCAUUUGGGCUGUGCUACUACCUAUCUAUAUUGUUUAAUAUGUUAAAAGUGCUCUGAAUAUUCAGUGCUUGGGUUUAACCUAAAAUCGUGUAAGAUGCAGAAGUAGAUACCACUGUUUUUGUGGCAGUUUUGUACAAAUCUGCUGCAUAAUGAAAUGAGCAAAGUAAAAUUGUUCUAAAACACUUAAGAAUUAGUCAUUUGUUGAAAGUUUUAUAUUUGACUUGAUUUUUUCAAGUUACUGUUAUAAAAUUACUGUCUUUAAAAACCUGAAAUAAAUAUAAGUUGAAAGUUCAGUGCUUUGGAAUUGUUUGCAAGCUUUGUCUUGGUGUUCCAAAGUUGAAAGUCUGAGAUAUCACAGAGAUAAAAUAAAGAUUGAAAUAGAAGACUGAGGAAUCCUUUUCCUCAAAUCUUGAAACAGCAGGUAUGACUGUCUGGAUUUGAAGUGAUUUUAAUUGAAUGUUGAAAGAAGAAUGAAGUAAGGAAAGAGGGACUCCCCAGGGAAUGGAGAGUAAGGAUUAUCUGCUGCUGUCUUGGUAUUCAGAAUUACAGGAGAGAUUAUUGUCUGAAUAGAAAAGUACAUUUUGGUUAUCUGAAAAAUCCUGAAUGCUACUUGGCAAUAAAAUACAUGAUUUUAA